UCGUAGACUAUCAUCGAUGGAAUCUUUUGGGCCAACGCUGUUCACUACAAAUCUGUCGCAUUAUUGCCGGUGAAAGACGAAAUCUAUCGGAUAUCUAAUCAAUGUAUCGAGCAAGAAAACAACAAUUAUUAUGAGUAAAGAAUUGGUCGUAUCGUUCAUUCGUCACCCUAUAACAUUCUAUUGUAUGAUCCAUAGUAAUGUACAACUUUUGGAAUUCACGAAUCCGACUUGCAUAUAUUUCCUGCUUCCUUUUACUUCUAAGAAUUACUUUGGAUCAACUGCGCAUUUAUCUAGAGAAUUCUGAAAGAGUAGAGUAUCAAACGGAAGAUAAUAAUGAUGAUUGUAAAAAUGAUGAAGGAAGUUUCACUGAUGAUAUGGAUUACGUAUUGGAAACAAUGCAGUACAUGUAUGAUCUUAAACUUGGCAAAGCUAAAAUUCGACCCGUAGUCGAAGAAGCAAGGGAAGUAAGGCAAUAUUGGUGGCGAUGCUAUUUGAAAAGGCCUGGAAUAGUGAUAGCAAACGAUUGGUUUCAAAAUGAUGGUCUCUAUAUAUAUUCAGCAACAUAUGACAGACGACUUAAUUCACUUUAUCCCUAUAAUCAUAUUAUACAAAUAUUGACGAUGUCAUUCCGGUCAAUUCCAAUAACAGACAAAAUAUUCUGUAACCUGUAUGAUACAGUUCGUGAACAAUACAUUGUUGUUGAGGGAACAAUUCGUGAAAUUUGGCAACGACCCUGGGAUCCACGAGACUUUUUUUAUAUCCCGAAUCUGAUCAGUUGUCCGGUGCCAAAGUAUUUCGAACAGAGCAUAAAUCUGACAAUUUCAUUGAGUAAAACAGCAUGUAAAAGUCAGGAAAUUUCAGCACAAGUACGAAUGCGAUCAUCAAGAAAAGCGAAGAAUGGCAUUGCUGUAUGCGUGAAGGGUCUAGAUUAUCUUGAAGAUAUGCCAGAACGUUUGGUUGAAUGGAUCGAAAUGCAAUUAAUCACUGGUGCUGAUACGAUUACAGUAUAUACUUAUUAUGUACCACGUAAGAUGCAGCAAGUAUUAAAUUAUUACAGUAAACAAGGAUCUGUCACUGUGAUACCGAUUAAUCUUCCUGGUGAGUCUCCAAAUCAAGUAUAUAUCAGAAGUCAUUUCAUUUGGCGAAAUAGACAACAGAAGCGUCGCCACGAGUUAAUUCCAUAUAAUGAUUGUUUCUACAGGCACAUCGACACUCACAAAUUUGUCCUAAUACUGGAUAUCGAUGAAGUGAUCGUACCAUUGAAACAUGAUAAUUGGAGUGCCAUGCUGGAUAAUAUCAUUACUACCUUUCAUGACAAAAACUUGAAAAAGAUUGAAGUUACUUCAAUUUCUAUUCGAAAUGUAUUCAAAUUUCCGUCCAAUAUCAGCUUACUGAAUUCAUUUGUUCCACCUUAUAUGUAUAUGCUACGAAAUAGACGAAAAUCAGAAACACUGAGCAAACCAGGCGAAUAUGGAAAAGUUUUCAUCAAUACGAAUUCGAUUGCUACUGUAUUCAAUCAUUUUGCAUUACAUCGUCAUCGUGCCGAUGUAGCCAAUACGUUAUACGUGGAACCAGAUAUAGCCAUUAAACUGCACUACAAGUCAAAAUGUCCGAUUGAAUCGGGAAAACAGUGUGAACAUUUGAAAUAUGUUACUGUAGAUGAUACAAUAAUGGAUCGAUAUGCUGAACAAUUAACUAGACAAGUUACCAAAGUGCUUAAUUAUUUACACUUUAUUGAAUAA